UACAGCACUCAGAGCCACGGGUACGAGGAGCCGGUAAACGCCGUCGGAGCAGGAUCCCAGAUUAGUUCACAGCGAGGCGAGUCAAUCGGCCGUCAGCCCAGUGCACCGUUUGCACGUGUACCUAGCCGCCCCACCACGAAAUGUACCUCUUCUAUUCGGCAAACGGGCAUGGGUUCCAUGCUGCCACCGCCAGGAAAACGAGAUCGCGGUGAAUCAACAGCCAGCCUUACGGGUACAUUAGCUGUGAGAAGGCGGACGAACCAGGAAAAGCGACUUCCAUGGUCCUCAUCCAAAGCACAGACAUGCAUUUUUAUUCUAGCGGCCGUUCUGGCUGUCGCAAUCAUGGCAGGAGUGACAAUUAUGUCCAUAAUAGCGUCGGACUGCCUCAUGUUUCAGUUGGUCACCCCGAUUCAAUGCGACUACAACUUGACCUCGCUGAAGUACUACACAGAAACGGUGGCGGCAACUUACUCCGCAUGCUUGACCAUGCUGGUUAUUUCCAUUGCGACUCUGCUUGGCUGUUCUGCGAAGCAAAACCAGCCAAUAUACUUCGUCGUCUUGCCCGUCAAGCAGAUAUGGGCUCAGCUGCGGAACCGGAGAAAGUUCUACAUACAGUUGUUCCUGCUUAUAGUGACGGAGUCUCGCGUGUUUUAUAUGUCCUUCAAGAUCAUGGAGGCCAGAGCCAAUGCCGCCAAUACCUCUGACAGAGUACUGCAAGAGUUCAGAGGCAACAGCUACAUCUUCGCGUUGGUUCAAAUCCUUCUGGUAGUGCUCAUGUGCAUGCUCAACUAUUCGCGCCAGGCGAAGCACUCGGCCCAUCUGACUACCUGGGGAUUUAGACUGGUAUUGGCCGCGUUAUUCUACUUCCAGCUACACAGGUUCCUAGAGUGCAGCUUCCAUCUUUCUUUCAAGAUUGCACCGAAUGCCCGAGCACAACACAAACCCGGCGCGAAAAAGGACGUGGACGCGAUUGGAUCAUUACUGGUUUCGGGCUCUGCGGCAUUUGCUGCAUUUACGUGUUGGUUCUUCUUCACCAAGAUGUUUAAGCCGCACAAAGAUCUUUUCAGGCCAGUCUAUGAUGAGAUGCCACGAGAAGGCGACGAUGAAAGUAACCACUGACGUUCUCCAGGAAUUCCGUGCACACAUGGAUGUUUCUUUCAUGUGUACAAUGUAUAAUGCACAGGUACACUGUUUUCCACAUCUAUAGACUUUAUCUUACCCAUAAAAGAGGCCGUUACCCCGAAAAAACCCCUGACUGUAUACGUUCACGCCCUUGUAUCAUCAUUCCAGAUUCAAUAGAAAACGUCUCUGGGCUUACCUCAACGUCUACUGUCAAUAUCAAUGCUUUGCAUAGGACCGCAGGUAGAAGAAAUUUCUCGAAUGCCCUAUAAACUCCGGUCGACGACCGUUCAUGUG